GAGCAAUCGAAGUUGAACCUUCAUUCCAGACAUCACAUCCCGUUCGAUCUCGUCUUGCGGGGGGUACUCCCGGCGAUACCCAAGAUACCCAUUAGAUUGUCUACUUGCGCUUCUUCUUUUUCCGACCUGUACUUUUUUGCUGCGCCGUAAUACUCUUCCCCCCUGCGACAUCACCGGCGACGCCUCAGCUGCGCUCUGCUACUUCUUUACCGGUACGUCGCCGAAAGCGACAUGACAUCGACCGAGCCGUGAUAUCGACUUGACGAACCGAUACUAUUCGCUCUCCUUGACCGAUUUCUCGCGCCAUGGAAGCGAUUACCUCUCCCCCGGCCACGAGUCCGGGAGGAAACAGCGUUGCAGCGACGCCCUUCGCUGCCGUCGACCCCGUCCGUGUUGUCGACCAUCUUGCCUCCCUCCUCGAAGCCGCCCUCGGUGCGACCCGGAAGGAGCUUGAGGCUCCUGGCAGUUUGCUGUCCAAGGCUCGCUACGCCGAAACGUUGCAGCGGUGCACGCGGUUUGCUGUGGACACCCAGGUCGCCCUCUAUGUUCAGAAGGACUUGGUGCCGACAGACACAGUGGAAGAUGGUGAGGCCGAGGAGGCGCCAUCGCAUGCCUACACGAUAUCCUCCGACUUCUCCUCGUCCUCGACGACGGUGGCCUACCUCGUUCUGCUCAAGCGACCCCAGCCCCUGGAUCCCAACAUCCCGAUAACGUCGCAGAUUCAGAUGCUCAACUUACCCGGCCCGGCAUACCUGUCGGCAAACGGCGGAGAGCAAGGUCCCACCGCCUCGCCCUUCGAGAUCCUUCAGCUCUAUCUCCAUAACGGCCUGGCGCCAUACUUCGACGCGAGCACGAAGAGCCAGCAGACGCUUAGUGGCGGGAGAGGGCGGGCUGACGUGGAUGCUAAGACCGGCAUUCCCGUCACCAAGAAGCGGUGGACCGAGCUUGAGCUCGCCCUCCUCCACCUCCAACAGAACGUUGAGAUUCCCGAAGUGUCCCUUCCGUUCCACCCCAUAGUGCAAACAGCACUCGAUGAGGCGGUUGCCAGGGGCACAAAGCCCACUCUCGAUCUUAUUCCGCCCUCCGUUCUGCAAGACAGCACCUUCCUCAACAACCUUCAAGCCACGGUCAACAACUGGAUAAAGUCGAUUCAGGUCAUCACGAAGAUGACGAGAGAUCCGACUACCGGCACGGCAACACAAGAGAUCAAUUUCUGGCUCUCGAUGGAGUCGGCGCUCGAAGGGAUCGAGAACCAGCUCAGGAGCGAGGGUGUUAUGCUGACUCUUGAGAUCUUGAAGCACGCCAAGCGUUUCCAGGCCACCGUUAGUUUUACUGCCGAUACUGGCCUGAAGGAGGCGAUGGAGAAGGUGCAAAAGUACAACCAACUUAUGCGCGACUUUCCCCUGGAUGAGCUACUCUCGGCUACCACUUUGCUCAAGGUCAAGGACUCGAUCGGGCAGAUCUUCACCCAUCUGAACAAGAAGCUGAGGAUUUGCCCUUACCCCAUCCGCCGCGCGCUCCCGCUUGUGGAAACCAUCUCUGGUGACUUGGACGAGGUUCUGCACCGCUUGCUCCCCGGUACUGAACUGGUCAAGCUUGACUAUCAGGAGUUCCGCCGCGUGAUGAAGCAAACCGACGACAUCUUUCGGAUCUGGGACGAGAAUAUCAAGGAGUUCACCAAUGUAGCACGUGAGGUCACCCGCCGCCGCAACGAGAGGUUCAUUCCCAUCAAGAUCGUUCCCAGGCACGCCGAGCUGCAGGCGCGGUUGAAGUACGUCAGUAACUUCCGUGACAACCACGAGCAGUUGCAGCGGACGAUUGUCAAUGUUCUCGGGCCCAAGGCGACCGUGAACGGCAUCUCGGACGGGUCCGGUGCCAACGGCACCGCUGUCGUCGAGGAGAUCGGCGAUGUCGACGCUGUCGAGGAGGUCAGACAGGCUUGGGAGGGCCUGAAGGAUGUUGAUCUUCUCGAUGUCACCCCCGAAGGUACUGCGAAGUGGGCUCGGGCCGAGAACAUCUACAACGAGCGGACCUCGCGCGUGGAGAACUCCAUCAUUGCCCGACUCCGCGACCGGCUGGCCACGGCAAAGAACGCCAAUGAAAUGUUCCGCGUCUUUUCCAAGUUCAAUGCGCUUUUCGUGCGGCCCAAGAUCCGCGGCGCCAUCGCCGAGUACCAGACUCAGCUGAUUGACAACGUCAAGCAAGCCAUCACCGCACUUCACGAGCGCUUCAAGCAGCAGUACGGCCAUUCCGAGGCACAUGCCAUGGCUCAGCUGCACGAUCUUCCCCCGGUUUCCGGCGCAAUCAUCUGGGCGCGUCAGAUCGAGCGGCAGCUCGACGGGUACAUGAAGAAGGUUGAAGACGUGCUGGGCGCUGACUGGGCCCUCCAUGCCGAGGGUCAGAGGUUGCAAAGCGAGAGCGACCUGUUCCGCAAGAAACUCGACACGCGGCCCAUCUUCGAGGCGUGGCUUCACGAUGUGCAGAGGAAGCAGAUCUCAAUCUCUGGUCUCCUCUUCAACAUCAACCGCAUCCGGUCUGCCGGAAACACGCUGGAACUUGCUGUCAACUUCGACGCCCAGGUGAUUGCGCUGUUCAAGGAGACACGUAACCUGGUGUGGCUCAACUUCCCUGUCCCUCACUCCAUCAACAACGUCGCGAAGGAGGCGAAGCGUGUUUAUCCGUACGCUGUGAGCCUGAUGGAGAGCGUAAGAACAUUUGCGCAAACCAACCGCCAGAUUGCCGACAUGUCCGAGGUCGCCGUUCUUCUCAGCGGCCACCGCGACGAGGUUUACACCUUGAUCGCCAAGGGCAUCCCUCUGAAGUGGGAGUCGUUCGUAAACACGUAUGAGGUGCACUUCAAGAACUACACAGCAAACGGCGGCCUUGACAAUUUCAAGGGCGGAGAGAGCAAGCACGUCAUGUUCAUCCGCGAGUUUGCCGCCGCUGUCUCGUUGCUUCAGUCAAAGACCAUCACCUUGGCCAACAUCCACGCCACAGUGCAAAAGGCGAUGGCCGAGUUAGAAAAGUGCCCCUACGAGGUUUCCGAGUUCGAGUCCCGGCUGGAAACGAUCCAGAGUGCGGUCGACCAGCUCAAUCUGGAGCAAUAUGUCAACCUCGGCUACUGGGUAGAGCGCAUGAACCGCCAGAUCAAAGCUAUCCUGCUUGCUCGUCUGCAGCACGCCGUUCAAGCCUGGAUCGAGGCUUUUGAGGACGAGCAUCUCGAGAGGUCGGGCGACCGCCGGAGGCCUCUCCAGACCACCGACGGUGCAAAAGCGGAUGUGCCCGUGAUCAAGAAGCUGGUUCACGAAAUCACAAUGCGCAAUCAAGUGAUCUACCUGGACCCGCCACUCGAGUUCGCCAGAGCUAGCUGGUUUUCGCAGCUCCAGGAGUGGAUCGGUGUCGUCUGCAACCUGAAGAAGAUCAAGGCCACGCGGUACCAGAUGUCUAUCAGCACGACCGUGUAUGAUGAACCGCGCUUCAGCGACCUGCCCAGCGAAUGUACCCCGGCUCUCCUCCGAGUCCAGACGUCGGUCGAGAAGAAGAUCAGCGAGAUUAGUGCCUAUGUGGACAAGUGGCUCCAGUUCCAGUCGCUCUGGGACCUGCAAUCGGAGCAUGUCUAUGAUGUUCUCGGCGACCAGCUGUCUAGGUGGUUGCAACUCCUUCAGGAGAUCAGAAAGACGCGGCAAACCUUCGACACUACCGAGGUUAGCCGCUCUUUUGGUCACAUCACCAUCGACUACGAUCAGGUCCAGACCAAGGUCAAUGCCAAGUAUGACCAGUGGCAGCACGACAUCCUCAUCAAAUUCGCCAGCCGCCUGGGCACGCGCAUGCGAGAAGUCCAUGCAGAAGUCGAGAAAGCCCGCAGGGAUAUCGAGGGCCAGGCGAUCGAGGCCAACUCCACCGCCCAGGCCGUGCAGUUCAUCACUACCGUCCAAACCUGCAAGCGCCAGGUGAAGCUUUGGGCGCCUGAAGUCGAGACGUUUAGGCAAGGAGAAUCGACCCUUGUCAGGCAGCGGUACCAGUUCCCCAACGACUGGCUCCAUGUGGAACACGUCGAGGGCGCUUGGGAUGCUCUCAACGAAGCCCUCGCGCGCAAGGCCAAGAUCGUCCAGGACCAGACGGACGCACUUCGCGCCAAGAUCAUUGCCGAGGACAAGGUCAUCCUCGACAAGAUCAACGAGAUUGCGCAUCUCUGGAAUGAAGAGAAGCCUGUCUCCGGCACCAUUCCCCCUGAUGUCGCUUCUGCCACCCUCAGCGACUUCGAGACCAAGAUUACGAGACUCCAGGAAGAGUCGGCCAUGGUCGCUAAAGCCAAGGAAGCUCUUGAUCUGCAGCCAACACCUGAAACUUCCCUCGGCAUCAUUCUGGAGGAGGUUCAGGAUUUCAAGUCGGUGUGGGCCUCGCUCUCGACCAUUUGGAAUAAUCUGAACGAGCUUCGCGAAACCCUAUGGACCAGUGUCCAGCCGAGAAAGAUCCGGUCGUCGAUUGACAAUCUCAUCAAAAUGACCAAGGAAAUGCCGAGCAGGAUGCGCCAGUAUGCCGCCUUUGAGCAUGUCCAGAACGUUUUGCGGCAGCUCAUGAAAGUCAAUCCCAUACUCACCGAGCUCAAGUCGGAGGCUGUUCGCGACAGGCACUGGACCAAGAUCUACAAGCAGAUCAAGCCUGGCAAGCGAUACUCUCCCGUGUCGAUGACGCUUGGUGAUGUCUGGGACCUCAACCUGGUUGCCACCGAGGUCAUCGUCAAGGAUAUCAUUACCCAGGCCCAGGGAGAGAUGGCCCUCGAGGAGUUCCUCAAGCAAGUGCGCGAAACAUGGACCGGGUACACCCUAGAGCUUGUCAACUACCAAAACAAGUGCCGCCUCAUCCGCGGCUGGGACGAACUUUUCGCCAAGUGCAGCGAGAAUCUCAACUCCCUGCAGGCCAUGAGGCAUUCACCCUACUAUAAGGAGUUUGAAGAGGAGGCGUCUUCUUGGGAGGACAAGCUCAACCGCGUCCACGUUCUCUUUGACGUAUGGAUUGACGUCCAGCGCCAAUGGGUGUACCUCGAGGGUGUGUUCACCGGUAACGCGGACAUCAAGCAUCUGCUUCCCAUCGAGUCUUCCCGCUUCCAAAACAUCAAUAGCGAGUUCACGGCUGUCAUGAAGAAAGUUUACAAGCAACCCAACGUUCUGGACGUGCUCAACAUCCCUAACGUGCAGAAGUCACUCGAGCGCCUUGCUGAGCUGCUCAACAAGAUCCAGAAGGCUCUCGGCGAGUACCUCGAGAAGGAGCGCGUGUCGUUCCCGCGUUUCUAUUUCGUCGGCGACGAGGACUUGCUUGAAAUGAUCGGCAAUAGCAACGACACCAUGCGCAUUGCCAAGCAUUUCAAGAAGAUGUUCGCUGGUCUUACUGGCUUGGUGAUGGAUGAGGAAUCCGUCAUCACAGGCUUUACUUCGAAGGAGGGCGAGGUCGUCCGCCUCAAGAAGGAGAUCAGCCUUGUCAAGACGCCGAGGAUCAACGAUUGGCUAGCUUUGCUGGAGAACGGCAUGAAGGCGACUCUUGCCGAGCUCCUGGCGGAGGCCAUCGACGAGUUCAGCCCAAUAUUUGCCAGCGAGGUUAUCGACCGUGAAGCUCUUCGAAAGUUCAUGGAAGCCUAUCCCAGCCAAAUCGUUGUCUUGGCUACCCAGGUCGUCUGGACCACUUCGGUUGACCAAUCCUUGGCCGCAGGGGGCACAACGCUGCAGACCCUGUUCGACCGCGAGGUGCAGCUUCUCCGCCUGCUCGCGGACACAGUGCUGGGCGACCUCGAGGUGCUGAUGCGGAAGACGUGCGAGCAGCUCAUCACCGAGUGCGUGCACCAGCGGGACGUCAUUGAGAAGCUCAUCAAGGCCAAUGCUCGCUCCAAUACCCAUUACCUCUGGCUUCUCCAAAUGCGCUACGUCUAUACGCCCGAGGGCGACUUCUUGCAGCGCCUCCACAUCAAGAUGGCCAAUGCCAAACUGAGCUACGGCUUCGAGUAUCUGGGAGUGCCUGACAGGCUGGUCCGGACGCCGCUCACUGACCGCUGCUUCCUUACCCUCACUCAAGCACUGUGCCAGCGUCUGGGUGGCUCACCAUACGGUCCGGCCGGUACCGGCAAGACAGAGUCAGUCAAGGCCCUCGGUGUUCAGCUCGGUCGCUUCACGUUGGUCUUUUGCUGCGAUGACACGUUUGACUUCCAAGCCAUGGGCCGCAUCUUCCUCGGUAUUUGCCAAGUCGGCGCCUGGGGUUGUUUCGACGAGUUCAACCGUCUGGAGGAGAGAAUCCUUUCUGCCGUCUCUCAGCAGAUUCAGAAUAUCCAGCUCGGCCUGAAACACGGCGCAGAAGACGAAAACGCCCAGAUCGAGCUCGUUGGCCGCCAGCUCCGCGUCAAUGCCAACACGGGCAUCUUCAUCACAAUGAACCCCGGCUAUGCUGGCCGUUCGAACUUGCCGGAUAACUUGAAGAAGCUGUUCCGCAGUGUCGCCAUGUCCAAGCCCGACAAGGAGCUCAUUGCCGAGGUCAUGCUCUACUCGCAAGGUUUCAACCAGGCGAAGCAGCUUUCCAAGCAGACGGUGCCCUUCUUCGAUCAAUGUUCUGUCAAACUCUCGAAGCAGGCACAUUAUGACUUUGGUCUGCGUGCCCUCAAGAGUGUCCUGGUCAGCUCUGGCGGCCUAAAGCGUGCCCGGCUCACCAACAGCGGCGGCAACCUGGGUGCCGAGGAGGUUGUAGAGCCUGAGAUUAUUGUCCAGAGCAUCCGUGAGACCAUCGCGCCCAAGCUGAUCAAGUCCGAUGUCGAGAUCAUGAUGGGCAUCGAAGAAGUCUGCUUCCCCGGUGUCAAAUACGUGCCUGCCAACCUGGCUAAGCUGGAGGAGGCGAUUCGCCGCUUGGCGGCUGAGAGGCAUCUGGUUGUCAGUGAGCUCUGGAUGACCAAGGUCCUCCAGUUGUACCAGAUCCAGAAGAUCCAUCAUGGUGUCAUGAUGGUCGGCAAUUCCGGUUCCGGAAAGUCGGCCGCCUGGAGGUUGCUACUGGAUGCGCUGCAGCAGGUUGAGAAUGUCGAGGGCGUGUCCCAUGUCAUCGAUAGCAAGGUCAUGUCCAAGGAGGCGCUGUACGGCAACCUGGACUCGACGACAAGGGAGUGGACCGACGGUCUCUUCACAAGCAUCCUCCGCAAGAUCGUCGACAACCUCCGCGGCGAGGACACCAAGCGCCACUGGAUCGUAUUCGAUGGCGACGUCGAUCCCGAAUGGGUCGAGAACCUCAACAGCGUGCUCGACGACAACAAGCUGCUCACCCUCCCCAACGGCGAGCGUCUCAACCUUCCGCCGAAUGUUCGCAUCAUGUUCGAAGUGGAGAAUCUCAAGUAUGCCACUCUUGCCACCGUCAGUCGCUGCGGUAUGGUCUGGUUUAGCGAGGACACUGUCACGCCCGAUAUGAUGGUUACCAACUAUCUCGAGACGCUUCGCUCGGUGGCCUUUGAGGACCUGGAUGAGGACGCUGUUGCGACGGGCCAGAGCUCAGCCAAGGCUCUGGAGGUUCAGGGACAGGUUGCUGACCUUCUACAUGCGUAUCUCACCACGGACAACUUCAUCAUUUUGGCUUUGCAGCAGGCGGAGUCUUUCAACCACAUCAUGGAGUUCACGGUCGCUCGUGUUCUGAACACCCUGUUCUCGCUGCUUAACAAGGCCGUUCGCAACAUCAUCGAGUACAAUGCGCAACACUCGGACUUCCCGCUCGACCCGGAGCAGGUUGAGGCGUACAUUUCGAAGAAGUUACUCCUCGCCAUGGUGUGGGCUUUGACCGGAGACUGCCCCCUGGCAGAUCGCAAGGUGUUUGGUGACAAGGUCGCGGGCUUGGCUAGCUUCGGCUCGCCACCACUGGACGGCAGCAGCUCUCUCAUCGACUUCGAUGUCGCCCUGCCGGGGGGUGAAUGGACGCCCUGGCAGAGUCAAGUGCCGACGAUUGAGGUCAACACGCACUCGGUUACGCAGACUGAUGUGGUCAUCCCGACUCUGGAUACAGUCCGCCAUGAGGAUGUCUUGUACUCGUGGCUUGCCGAGCACAAGCCGCUGCUCCUCUGCGGUCCUCCUGGUUCCGGAAAGACCAUGACCCUGUUCAGCGCCCUCCGCAAGUUGCCCAACAUGGAAGUGGUCGGCCUCAACUUCUCCAGCGCCACCACGCCCGACCUCCUUAUCAAGACCUUCGAGCAGUACUGCGAAUACAAGAAGACGCUCAACGGUGUCAUGCUGUCGCCCACACAGAUCGGGCGCUGGCUGGUCAUCUUCUGCGACGAGAUCAAUCUGCCCGCCCCCGACAAGUACGGCACACAGCGCGCCAUCUCCUUCCUCCGCCAGCUUGUCGAGCACAACGGCUUCUGGAGAACAUCGGACAAGUCCUGGGUCACGCUCGACAGGAUUCAGUUUGUCGGUGCCUGCAAUCCGCCCACUGAUGCCGGCCGUACGCCCAUGGGCGCCCGCUUCCUCCGGCAUGCGCCGCUCAUCAUGGUCGACUAUCCCGGCGAGCAGUCGCUCAUGCAAAUCUACGGCACCUUCAACUCGGCCGUGCUCAAGAUUAUCCCGUCACUACGCGGCUACGCCGAGCCCCUCACCCAGGCCAUGGUCCGCUUCUACCUCGAGUCGCAGCAGCGCUUCACGCCCAAGAUCCAGCCGCACUACGUCUACAGUCCUCGUGAGCUCACCAGGUGGGUGCGUGGCAUAUACGAAGCUAUCAAGCCCCUCGAGACGCUCUCGGUCGAAGGGCUCAUUCGUAUCUGGGCGCAUGAGGCCCUCCGUCUGUUCCAAGACCGUCUCGUGGCAGAGGAGGAGCGCAAGUGGACCGACGAAGCCGUGCACCGCAUCGCUAUGGAGUACUUCCCAACCAUUGACGAGCAGAAGGCGCUCGGCGGGCCAAUUCUCUUCUCUAACUGGCUGUCGAAGCACUACAUGCCGGUCGACCGCGAGCAGCUGCGCGACUUCGUCAAGGCCCGCCUUAAGACCUUCUGCGAGGAGGAGGUCGACGUGCCGCUCAUCCUGUUCAAUGACGUUCUGGAGCAUGUGCUGCGCAUUGAUCGUGUUUUCAGGCAGCCCCAGGGCCAUCUGAUUCUGAUUGGCGUCAGUGGCAGUGGCAAGACAACACUCUCGCGCUUUGUGGCCUGGAUGAAUGGUCUCAAGGUGUUCCAGAUCAAGGUUCAUGGCAAGUAUUCAGCCGAGGACUUCGACGAGGACCUGAGGGAGGUGCUCCGCCGGUGCGGUUGCAAGGGCGAGAAGAUCUGCUUCAUCAUGGAUGAAUCCAACGUCCUCGACUCCGGCUUCUUGGAGCGCAUGAACACGCUGCUGGCCAACGCGGAGGUUCCCGGUCUGUUUGAAGGCGAUGACCUGGCGGCACUCAUGACCGCCUGCAAGGAAGGGGCUCAGCGCCAAGGUCUGCUGCUGGAUUCGCAGGAGGAGUUGUACAAGUGGUUCACGGGGCAGAUUGUCAAGAACCUGCACGUCGUCUUCACCAUGAACCCGCCCGAGGACGGCUUGUCAUCCAAGGCGGCCACGUCGCCUGCGCUCUUCAACCGUUGCGUGCUUAACUGGUUUGGCGACUGGUCGGACCAGGCGCUGUUCCAGGUCGGCCAUGAGCUCACCCAUUCGGUCGACUUGGACCGCCCGAACUGGGUUGCGCCCGACACCAUCCCCGUGGCUUACCGCGGACUCAGCCUGCCUCCAUCGCACCGGGAGGCCGUCAUCAAUUCCAUGGUUUACAUCCACUACUCGCUGCACCGCUUCAACGCGAAGCUGCACAAACAGCAGGGCAAGGUUACCUACCUCACACCGCGCCACUUCCUCGACUUCGUCGCGCAGUACGUCAAGCUAUACAACGAGAAGCGCGAGGAUCUGGAGGAGCAGCAACGCCAUCUCAACGUCGGUCUCGAGAAGCUCCGCGACACAGUCGACAAGGUCCGCGAUCUCCGCGCCAGCCUCGCCGAGAAACAGAAGCAGCUCGAGCAGAAGAACGACGAGGCCAACGAAAAGCUGCAGCGCAUGGUUGCGGACCAGCGCGAGGCCGAACAGCGCAAGGCUACGUCGCUCGAGAUCCAAGCGGCGCUGGAGAAGCAGGAAGCGGAGGUGGCGUCGCGCAAGGAGGUCGUGCUCAGGGAUCUCGCCCGCGCCGAGCCCGCUGUCGAGGAGGCAAAGGCAUCCGUCAGCAACAUCAAGCGACAGCAUCUCACCGAGGUCCGGUCCAUGAGCGCCCCCCCACAGGGCGUCCGACUUGCCUUGGACUCGGUCUGCACGCUCAUCGGUCACAAAGUCAGCGACUGGAAGUCGAUCCAGGCCGUCGUCCGCCGCGAUGACUUUAUUGCCAGCAUCAUCAACUUCGACAACGAGAAGCAAAUGACCCGGGCGCUGCGGCUCAAGAUGCGCAACGAGUUCCUGGCGAAUCCGGAGUUCACCUUUGAGAAGGUCAACCGUGCCAGCAAGGCCUGCGGCCCGCUCGUCCAGUGGGUCGAAGCGCAAGUCAACUACGCCGAGAUCCUAGACCGUGUCGGCCCUCUGAGGGAAGAGGUGAAGCAGCUCGAAGAACAGGCUCUGCAGACCAAGGCAGAGGCCAAGGCCGUCGAGGAGACGAUCCAGAACCUCGAGGCCAGCAUUGCCACGUACAAGACCGAGUACGCGUCCCUUAUCAGCGAGACGCAGGCGAUCAAGGCCGAGAUGUCGCGGGUCCAGUUCAAGGUCGAUCGCAGUGUCAAACUGUUGGAUAGCCUGUCGUCGGAGCGGACCCGGUGGGAGGAGGGCAGCAAGUCGUUCGAGACGCAGAUCAGCACGCUGGUGGGCGACGUGCUGGUUGCGGCCGCGUUCCUCGCCUACAGCGGUCUGUACGACCAGACGUUCAGGAAGUCGAUGAUGGAAGACUGGCUUCACCAGCUGCACCUCUCGGGCAUCCAGUUCAAGCAGCCCAACCCGGUGACCGAGUACCUCUCCACUGCCGAUGAGCGGCUCGGCUGGCAGGAAAACACUCUCCCGGUGGACGAUCUCUGCACAGAGAACGCCAUCAUCCUGAAGCGCUUCAACCGGUACCCGCUCAUCAUCGACCCGUCGGGGCGCGUUACCGAGUUCCUGCAGAGGGAGUGCAAAGAUCGCCGGCUCACCGUCACAAGCUUCCUGGACGACUCGUUUACCAAGCAACUCGAGAGCUCACUCCGCUUCGGCAACCCCAUCCUCAUCCAGGACGCGGAGCACCUCGAUCCCGUACUCAAUCAUGUGCUCAACAAGGAGUACCAGAAGACGGGCGGCCGUGUCCUCAUUCAACUCGGCAAGCAGCAGAUCGAUUUUUCGCCGUCCUUCAGGCUCUACCUGUCCACGCGAGACCCUUCGGCCACCUUCGCUCCCGAUAUCUGCAGUCGCACGACCUUUGUCAACUUCACCGUCACGCAGAGCAGCUUGCAGACGCAGUCCCUGGCCGAGGUGCUCAAGUCGGAGCGGCCGGAUGUGGACGAGCGCCGCUCGAAUCUGAUCAAGCUGCAGGGCGAGUUCAAGGUGCACCUCCGGCAGCUCGAGAAGCGUCUCCUCCAGGCGCUCAACGAAUCGCGCGGCAACAUCCUCGACGACGACAAUGUCAUCGAGACGCUGGAGACGCUCAAGACGGAAGCGGCCGAGAUCUCGACCAAGAUGAGCAACACGGAAGGCGUCAUGGCCGAGGUCGAGGAGAUCACGCUGCAGUACAAUGUCAUUGCGCGGUCGUGCAGUGCGGUCUUUGCCGUGCUCGAGCAGCUUCACUACCUCAACCACUUCUACCAGUUCUCGCUGCAAUACUUCCUCGACAUCUUCCACUCGGUCCUACAUGGCAACCCGCACCUGGCCGGCGAGACAAACCACACGGUGCGUCGCGACAUCAUCGUCAAGGACUUGUUUGUGAACACGUUCAAGCGCACGGCGCUGGGGCUGCUACAGAAGGAUCGCAUCACCCUGGCUAUGCUGCUUGCCCAGGCAUCGCCGUACAAGAUGGACAAGGGGCUGCUCGAUGUGAUCCUGGAUGAGCGGAUCGAGGGCAAGGACGUGUCGACGGACACCGCGGCCAAGGAGGAGGUGUUUGCGCGUGCCAAGCGGAUCUCGGCGCUCAAGGAGAAACUGGACGGUGUUUCGGAGGCGGACUGGGACAGGUUCUUUACCGAGGAGCUCGCCGAGAACUUCGUGCCCAAGGUCUGGGACGACAGCACCGCGCCGGCGGGCCAGGCUCUCAUCUCGCUCCUCCUGGUCAAGCUCUUCCGCCUUGAUCGGUUCGUCCCCGUCGCAGAGCGUUUCGUCACGCUCGUGUUCGGCUCCGACCUCUUCGACAUCGUCGAGGAUCUCAAGCAGACGGUCGACCAAGUGUCGGCCACGCGGCCGAUCGCGCUCGUCUCGAGCCCGGGCUUCGACGCCUCGUACAAGGUCGAGUCCCUGGUCGAGCGCAUGCGCGUCCGCUGCACCAACAUUGCCAUGGGCUCGAACGAGGGCGUGGCCAGCGCAGACAAGGCGAUUGCCAACGCCGCGCAGACGGGCUCAUGGGUGCUGGUCAAGAACGUCCACCUCGCCCCGACGUGGCUGCAGAGCCUCGAGAAGCGCAUGGAGUCGCUGAAUCCGAACAAGGACUUCCGGCUGUUCCUCUCGAUGGAGUCGUCGCCCAAGAUUCCGGUCAACCUGCUGAGGGCGAGCCGCGUGCUGAUGUACGAGCAGCCCGCGGGCGUGCGCGCCAACAUGAAGGACUCGAUGUCGUCGCUGUCGACGAGGUCGGUCAGAAGCCCCGUGGAGCGGACCAGGCUAUAUCUGCUGCUCUCGUUCCUGCACGCUGUCGUGCAGGAGAGGCUGCGGUAUGCGCCGAACCUGGGAUGGAAGGGGUUCUGGGAGUUCAAUGAUGCCGAUUAUGAAUGCUCCGCCUUUGUGAUCGACACGUGGAUCGAUGCCGCGGCGCAGAACCGCACCAACAUCGCGCCCGCCAACAUCCCUUGGGACAUGAUUCGUUACCUGAUCACGGAAACCUACGGCGGCAAGAUCGACGACGACGCCGACUUCCGGGAGCUAAACAAGCUUGUGGAGACCUUCCUUACACCAGCGGCGUUCGAGAUUGGGCACAAGCUUGUCGCGGCGAGCACGGCCGAGCAGGAGGGUGGCGAGGCUCCCGCCGAGCUGGUGGUGCCCUCGGGCACGUCGCUGCAGGAGUUUAUGGGGUGGAUCCAGAGGCUGCCGGAGCGCGAGCCGCCCACAUAUCUGGGCCUUCCGGCGAACGCGGAGAAGUUGUUGCUUGUUGGGCUGGGGAAGAGUCUGAUUGGUAACGUGAAGAAGGUGACUGAUCUGCUUGAUGAGGGGGAGGCAUUGAUGGCGGAGGCCUAAUAAACCUGGGUGGGUAAUUCAUGAAGAGAUUGAGGAUGUUUCUUGCGAUCGGUAAUAGAAGUAGGGUGGUGCAUGUGUGUGUGUGUUUGUGUCAUUCCUGUUGAGAGAGGUGAUUAGAGAGGUUCUUUUCUUUCUGCUUGGGUUAUACAUACAUAUUUUGAUAGAGAAGUCAGUAAUUGAGAGGAGGUUGUUGGCUCUGUAUUCGUGGGUACUCGAAUACAAAUACGAGACAUGCAUGAGAGCAUGGCAGUCAAAGUAAGUGAUUAAUCGAUAAUAACACGAUACCGAAAGGUGUGAGACACUCGGAUCGGCUUUGAAUAACUAACUCCUCCCAGCGCCGAGUUGAUCCCCACUAAAGUUGUCCUUCUCACAGC